GAGAGCUGCACUCUGGCCAGGGGAGGCAUGAGUGACAGACCCGCAGCCAGGCGGUGGGGUAAGUGUGGACCUUUGUGUAGAAGAGAGAACAUCAUGGUGGCUUUCAAAGGAGUCUGGACCCAAGCUUUCUGGAAAGCAGUCACAGCAGAAUUUCUGGCCAUGCUUAUUUUUGUUCUGCUCAGCCUGGGAUCCACCAUCAACUGGGGUGGAGCAGAAAAGCCCUUGCCUGUUGACAUGGUUCUCAUCUCCCUUUGCUUUGGACUCAGCAUUGCAACCAUGGUGCAAUGCUUCGGGCACAUCAGUGGCGGCCACAUCAACCCUGCUGUGACUGUGGCCAUGGUUUGCACCAGGAAGAUCAGCAUUGCCAAGUCUGUCUUCUACAUCACAGCCCAGUGCCUGGGGGCCAUCAUUGGAGCAGGGAUUCUCUACCUGGUCACACCUCCUAGCGUGGUGGGAGGUUUGGGAGUCACCACGGUUCAUGGAAAUCUUACCGCUGGUCACGGUCUCCUGGUGGAGUUGAUAAUCACUUUUCAGUUGGUGUUUACUAUUUUUGCCAGCUGUGAUUCCAAACGGACUGAUGUCACUGGUUCAAUAGCUUUAGCAAUUGGAUUUUCUGUUGCAAUUGGACAUUUAUUUGCAAUCAAUUAUACUGGUGCCAGUAUGAAUCCAGCCCGAUCCUUUGGACCUGCAGUUAUCAUGGGAAAUUGGGAAAACCACUGGAUAUAUUGGGUUGGACCAAUAAUAGGAGCUGUCCUUGCUGGUGGCCUUUAUGAGUAUGUCUUCUGUCCAGAUAUUGAACUCAAACGUCGUUUUAAAGAAGCCUUCAGCAAAGCUGCCCAGCAAACAAAAGGGAGCUACAUGGAAGUGGAAGACAACAGGAGUCAGGUAGAGACUGAUGACUUGAUUCUGAAACCUGGAGUGGUGCAUGUGAUUGACAUUGACCGGGGAGAGGAGAAGAAGGGGAAAGACCCAUCGGGGGAGGUGUUGUCUUCAGUAUGACUAGAAGACAGCACUGAAAGCAGAAGAGACCCUGUAGAACUGUCCUCAGAUUUCCUUCCACCCAUUAAGGAAACAGAUUUGUUAUAAUUAGACAUAUAUAGGUUUGUUGUUUCAUGUCAUAUUACUCAGUCUAAACAAUACUCAUAAAUAUUUUAUUUACCAAGGAAGAAAGGAAGAAACCUAUUGUGAAAUUCAAAUUUAAAAAGAAAUCUUUUUAAAGAAUCCACAGAGCAAAUAUGUAUCUAGUUUGUCGAGUUGCCUUUCAUUAAUAACCUAUUUAAAAUAUGUAUCAAGAUUUGGUUAACUCUUACCUUACAGAACUUAUAGAUACACCAAUCAACUUAUUCCUCCUCUACCAGAAAAUUGGUAUUGUCAAUCCUCAUUUGAAUAUUUAUUCCAUUAAAUUGAGCUUAACAACGGCAAAAUACAGUAUGUCACAGAGUCAUGUACAUUCAAGAGAGGAAAUAUAACAAGUUCUUUUAUAGGCAACCCCUUAUUUAUAAACUACCUCUGAAAAAGAAUAUUAAGAGUAAUUGCUAAUCACUUCCAUGUAUAUUGCAAAUACCCAACUUCCAACCCCAACUCCAAUUUGUAAUAUUCCUUCCGCCUCCUCAAUGCCCAAGGUAAUGUGGGAAAUUUGAAAAGAAUAUUCAGAAACCCUGUAUAUGUAUUAGUUCCAUCUAAUAAAACAUCCAAGUUAUAAGGGACACCUAUUGUGAUUCAGGACAAGUGGACUGGUAAAAUCUUUGGGGAAUGGGGGAGAAAGUUACCAUCAUACAAAAAUCACAAGGAAAAAGGAAAUCUGGUUCUGGUAUCAAAUCUGUUUUCAGUGCACAUCCUCAAAUGCACCACACAAGGUUAACGAUCUAAGCUUUUAACUACUUAAUCACUUUGCUUAUUUUUUAAUUUAUUGGCAAAACUAGGAAUUUUGUUUGUGACAUUAUAUGUAUUUAAACAUUAGCUGAGAAAUGUUUUUAAUAAGAAGAACUUAACUAGUUGAAUCUUGACUUUUUGUGGAUUAUUAAGCUCUGCUAACUCUAGAAGUAGUAAACUCGUCCUGCCCAGUCCUAAUCUCUGCAGCUCUCUCUCUUUUCAUGACAUUUGUAAUCCUCGCUACACACAGGGUACAACAUGGUUGCAGAAUAAAAGGGUAAGGACAUCAGAACACCCUGUACUCAAAGGUGACUAGAUGACCAAUCUUUCACUUGUAGAAUUUUUGUAUAUAACCCAACACAUUUUUAAAGUAUUUUUGUUAAUGACUCAUUUAUUUGUCAAAAUAAUUUGCUUUUCUUGUACUGCUCUGCCUUUUCUUAGUAGAAUGUUCUCUGGAAACCCCAGUUUCUGUCAUCUAAAUUGUCUACUCUAAACUUCUUCUUAGAGAAAGAGAUGCAAAUGUCAACUUAGCUGAACAAGAGCUGGUAGUAGUAAAGCAAAAACCUAUCACUGCAAAGAGUGGCUUGUAAAUAGCUGAUAAUCGAGGGCUUUCUUCUCCCAAGCACAGUUCCAACUGUGUGUCACUUUUUAGUGUUAAUGGCAGUUGUGUGUCUGUGGCAGUGAGAUAAUGGACCACUAUUAAACCUGAUUCUCUUCGGUGCUAGGAAAGAGAGAUGUGUGAGAUUGCCAGAGAGUCACUACACCAGCAUCAAGCCUGGGAGUGCCACUGUCAUAUUUUAAGGAAGGUGCCUAAAUCCCACGCCCCUUUCCCAGGGACACAGCCAUGCCACACAUUACACCAGUGACACGUGGUUACUUUCUGGCUGGGGCAGCACCUAUAGAAAUUAGAGUGUAAAUCUCUCAAGAAUGGUUUGCGCCCAUCGUUUCAAAUGUUUGCACAAAAUACCACUAAAGGCUUAAAAUCAGGAGUGGUUCUAUUCUAAAGGUAAUAUCAACCAUUGGCAAACAUGUCAGUUCAAAAAUAAAUCUCGUUAACAAGGAAGAGUUAAACGGAUUUUCUGAAAAUGCUUAUAAUAUACUGGCUUAUAAUCAAUUUUUAUUUUUCCAUCUGGUUUACUUCAUAUACACUCACUUCCAAUUACAGCAUUCAAUGAAGUAGGGUUUUAAAAAAAAAAAGAGUGAAUGAUGUUUUUGUAGUGUGUUUUUCAGCAGCUAGCAGAGUGCCUGGCACAUAGUAGGUACUCAAAACAUGGUUAAUAAAAAUAUAUAAAUCUCAUUCGGGAUUUAAGACUAUAAAUAGGUUUUCUUUAAUCUUUUGUUGCUCAAUAUUUAAUAAAAGCAUGAUUUCAAGGACUACUAAAGGAAAGCAAUACAAGUACAAAUGUAAAAACCAUAAAAUUUAUUUUUGCAUUCUACUAUUUUUAGGGGCACAAAGUGAAUGAAAGCUUUUGCACUUUUUUUUUUCCUGCAUAUGAGACAACAUAUUUUGUAUUUCACUCAAGGCUCUGCCAGUAAAAAGUAAUGAAAUUGUACCUUUCUAAUGACAUCUUUGCAGCAGGGGUCUAUCGCCUUGUGAAUGGCACCAAAUUAUCCCAGUGUAUUAGGAGACUAGGGCUUUUUCCUUUAAUCCCUUCUUAUUAAUGAAGUGCAUAAGGCUGUUCCCAGGAGACUGCUGCUGACAGAUACACAGAGAGGAGAUCAGAGAGGAAAAUCUGGGAAGACGUAAACGAAUUAUACCCAGCCACCAAACGAUGCCAACUGUCUCUUCCCUAAGGAAGAGUACAGCAAGCGCCCCCAAAUUGUAAGCUGGUCCCUACACGGAAAAUGUACAUAGUUUGUCAAAGAAUAGGGGAAAAUUCAUUUUUUAAAUUUUGGGGCUUUCUUAGGGGCCCAGAAUUUGAAUGUAUGUUUCUAUUGUUAAAGAUGACAUUUUCUUCAGAGUCCUAACCUUUCAUACUAGAAAAAAGUAUUUUCUGGAAUUUAAAAAGUUGCCUAAAUUUAAGAAUUCUACUCUUGGUUUCUGCCAUUUAAUGCUUUCCAUAAAUUCUUAUUCUUUUUUCUAUCAUCUGAGCCUUCUCCUAAUGCAGCUCAUAGGUGCUUGCUAGAGCUGCUGCUCAGUGUUGAAUAUUUCACAAGUAGAUUAGAAGUAUUUGGAAAACAUAUGUGAUGAAAUUCAGCUAUCUGAUUUAUUAGAGGUCUGAUUCCAAAUAGCACAGAAUAUUCUUCUCAGGCCAUGAAACCAGGCAGCACAUAUAUUGGUUUAAACUUGAUAAUGAUAGGAAAAUUUCAAAAUAGGGUAGCAAAUUCAAAUGCUAAAAAUAAUCCUGGCAAGGUCCUUUGUGGCAGCAGAUUGGCACCAUCCUACAUGUUGUGAAAUUUGACAGAGAAAUUGCCUUUGUGACAACUGAAGAUGACAGUCUGAUCUAAAGUGACAACCUUAUCAAACAAUAUAAAAGCCAAUAUAAAUUCUCAUCAUAAGCACUAUGGAAUAUGCAAAUUCAAAACAUUUUAUACCUAAAAGUAAUUCUGGCUUUCCUAAUGUGUUUAUGGCAUAAAAAUUAUUAGCAAGAUGUGGUUACUGUCUGGAAAGAGUAACAUAACAAAAUUCACCUUCUUUACCACAAAUUUUCUGAGUUCACAUUUGUGUUUUAGUACUUUAUAGAUCAUCCAAAACAGCAAUAACUUUUUGAAAUCCACAAUUUCCUGAAGUAAAUGGAAGACAUUUAAUUCAGAGAUAAAAAGCUGUGGCCACUUACUUUUGCAAAUGACUACCUAUAGCCUGUGAAAAUAUCUAUCAAAUAAAUGUUAUGCAACAUGUACAAUGAGCACUAAAUUUAAGAGCAGUUAUGCUGUUACCCAUUCAUGUUAAAAUCAAACACCUUGAACAAUAUACCUAAUUUGUAUAACCCACUGGAAUAUAUUUCUAGAUUCUCUUCAGGAUUAAUUAAAUAAACAUGCAAUUU